AAAUUAUAACCACAGUGCGGAUACGAACUACUCGUGUUAAUUACUCCAAAAAAAAAGCAAAAUCGCAAGAGAGACCUUAAACGACAUCGUUUUCAGAUGAGGAGACACCACCACCGAUGCCAAAUCGGCUCCGAUAGCGAAACCGGAUCCGAAUCCGAUUCCGAUACCGACACGCCGAUGCGAUGCAUCUCUUGUCGAGAAGAGUACCUCCCUCGCAACGCCGGGACCUGCAAGGAAUGCUACGUCGAAGCCGGCGAAACUGAAGAAGAACUCAAACGCGAGAUCGAUGACCUCAAAGCUAAAGUUGCUUUCCUUCGCUUAUCUUCUUCUCUUGAUCAUGGAACUAGUUCAACCUCUAGAUCCUUCACUGAUGUUGUUCUCAUCGCCUCUGAAGAUAACGCCGGAUCUCCUCCUAUUCCCGCUCAUAAAUCCGUUCUGGUGAGUCGUUCUCCAGUUUUCAAAGCAAUGCUUGAGAAUGAAAUGGAAGAGAGUCUAAGCGGCACGAUCAAGAUCAGCGACGUAUCUUAUGACGCUCUUCGGACUUUCGUAUAUUAUCUCUAUACAGCUGAAGCAUGUCUUGAUGAGCAAAUGGCAUGUGAUCUUUUGGUCAUGUCAGAGAAAUACCAAGUGAAACAUCUCAAGAGUUAUUGUGAGAGGUUUUUGGUUACCAAACUCAGUCCGGAUAACUCUCUCAUGACCUAUGCCUUUGCACACCAGCACAACGCGAAACAUGUUCUCGAUGCUGCGUUGUCGCAGAUCGUAGAAAAUAUGGAUAAACUUACUAAAAGAGAGGAAUAUAUGGAGCUCGUGGAGAAGGAUCCUCGUCUUAUCGUUGAAAUUUAUGAAGCCUAUCUCUCGAAACAGGUUAAUACGGCAGCUGGAGGAACUAGUACGAGCAAAACUAGUUGA